AUGCUCAACGAAUUGAACGAAGCAGGCAAGAGAAUAGAACUGCGAAUAAACAGAAAGAAGACACAGUUCAUGAAGAACGCCUACUGCGAGGACGAAAGAGUACAACUUGAAGGCUCUCAAAUCGUGGAAACAUACGUAUACCUCGGACGUUCUAUGAACAUGGAAAACGACUUGAAGGAAAAACUGAAUAGAAGAAUGAGAGCAGCUUGGGCAGCAUUCGCAGCCGUCAGGGAAGCUACGGACCAACUGAGAGACCAAGAUCUUCGUGCUAUCUGUUCGACUCGACAGUUCUUCGAGCGCUCUGUUACGCAGCGGAGACGUGGGCAGACACCGUUGCCACGUCAGGAAGUUAUUUACUACCUACAGAGCCCUUGA